GGUCGUUAUGAUAAGUAUAUGAUUAGAGCCUACUUUGAGAAAGAAUCUGACCUCACUCUUGUCACAGGGCAGGUGUGGGACAUUGGAGGGCAGCCAAGAUUUCGAAGCAUGUGGGAGCGUUAUUGCAGAGGAGUCAAUGCAGUUGUUUACAUGGUGGACGCAGCAGACUUAGAAAAAGUAGAAGCUUCAAAGAAUGAGCUACACAGUUUGAUAGAUAAGCCACAAUUGCAUGGAAUUCCAGUGUUAGUCCUUGGAAAUAAAAGAGACCUCCCAGGUGCACUGGAUGAAAAGCAGUUAAUUGAGAAAUUAAACCUUUCAGCUAUUCAAGACAGAGAAAUCUGUUGCUAUUCUAUUUCCUGUAAAGAGAAGGAUAACAUCGACAUAACAUUACAAUGGCUUAUUCAGCACUCCAAAUCAAGACACUGUUGA